AUUGGUUAGAGUUAGUGUCCUCUGAGCAGUUGCCAAGUAUACAUCUGAACCAUGUAGGAUUUUGUUAUUUGAGACGAAUCCUCCCUAAGAAAUAUCGAGUUCAGCAUAUUAAUUCUAAGUUAAUAUUACAAAUAAUCGGUCUUUAAUCAUCAUUUACACUGAAACAUCACCAUGUGCGCAGAGAGUACACCUACAGCGAGGACAUCUACAGAACUUGAUCUAAUAACAUAUUAUAGACAUUGUAAUGAAUUCUUUAAUCCUAAUAUUUGUCAUAUUUGUAAAAGAGUACCUGCCAUCAGUAUACCGUGUAACAUGUGCGGCAUGAUUUAUUACUGCAGCAUGAGACAUCAACAGCUGCACAGACAGCAGCAUAUAGAUAUGUGCAAUAGUAUAAAUCAAAUUCAGCAUACCAGUAACGAAUCAUUCCACUUUAGACGUCGUCUCAACCAAGAGGAAUGGAUCGUGUCAAGAAAACAAUUCAUGAAUUUGGUUAAGUUCAAAUUAUCACGUGAUCUGGAGCCGUAUGAAAAGCAAAUAAUUCUCUUCGCAAAGUCGUGUCUUAUUUGUCAUCAACAGAUUGAUCUUAAAACUUGCCGGAGGUGCUAUUCCAGCAACUAUUGCAUUGAACAUAUGGAAGCUUUUCAAAACAAACAUUAUUUUAGUUGCGAUGGACUUCAAUUAUGUUUUAAUUUAGCUUCGAAUUUUCCGUAUGAUUAUACAUAUAACAACGAACUUGUUAAGUGUCCCAUCGAAGAUAAACCCGUUGUUGACAUGAAAUCAUUUAUUCUACAAUAUAUACGAGAGGAAAGGAACAUAAAUGAUCCGGAUACUUUUACUGUGGAAGAACAUAUCUGUUCUGAUUACGUGUCAGCACCGUUAACAUUGUAUUAUCAAAUGAGAAAUUUAAAUCUGUUAAAUUUUUUGGAUAAACAAAGGUCUUUCUGUGUUGUACAUAUAAUAGCGGCAAGUUCAGUUGAUAAAAAAUAUGUCGCCGCUUGGGAACUUCUCCUGCAUUUUUUAUAUGAAACAAGGGAAUUGAAACUUGUAUUAAUAGGGUUGGAAUUAAACAACGAAUCUAAUAAUAUCGAAGUUUGUUCUAGAUGCGAUAACAUGUGUCAAAGGUUUACUUUAGAAUCUUAUGGUAUGAUGUACGACACUUACGUGAACAGUGAAUAUUAUAUACAGCCAAAUGUGAUAGUAGGAUUUCAAACAGAUUUUAGUGAUGUGGAAAUGUGGUCAACAUCGCUUAUAGUAUCACAGAAUCAAAACUGUCCAUUUCUUGUAACCGCUGAAUCGAAAUUUAAAUCUAAUCUAAAUAUAAGUAACAUAGAAAGAGCUUUAGGUGGAUUAUUAAAUUUAAUACAUAAUGACGAAAAUGAAUUCAGCUCGACUAUGCCAUGUAGAGAUUUUGAAAACGAUUCUGUUUUUUACCGUAAUAAGUAUGUAGCUGUCUUUGAUAACUUCGUUUCUAUGACAUGGCCGCCUUCCAGUAUACAAAUGUAAUAUCAAGAUGACAAUGAUUUUGUAAACAAUAUAAAUUUUAAAUGUAAAUUAUUACACUAUAUAUUUACUGUUCUGAUAAAUGUAUUAUAGAUUUUUUUAGUAAAGGGUGAAUUUUUUAUUAUGUAACACAUUAAAAAUUGCGUGUCAGUUUUUAUUUCCGUGAUUGCAUUUGUAGUAAAAAUGUUUCUUAGUCCAUUCGGUGAUAAUCAUAGUAUUAUAUUUUGCAAAUUCUUAUCUUCUUAUGUGAAGAUCUUCUUUCGAACGUUACAAGCUACCAAGUGAUACACGCUGAUAUUUUUCAUCUUUUGAGGACUGAUACAGAAUUUGAUUCGUCUUAUCAUCUUAUAUUAUAAGAAAUAAAUACAUUAAUAAAUAUACACACACACACACACACACAUAUAUAUAGAUUUAUCUAUCUUUAAUUAUAGGUGAAUCAAGAGCUUUAAAUUUAAUGUAUGAUGGUGAAAAUAAAUUCAGCUCGACUAUGCCAUAUAGAGA